GCUACGGCGGCCGGGAGGGAUGCGGGCGCGGGCGCUGGCGGGGCUGGCGCGGCGGGGCGCGGCGGGGCGGCGGGGCCGGGCUGGGCCGGGCAGCUCUGACAGCGGCCCCGCCGACACCGGCCCCCGCGGCGACCGGACCCCCAAGAUCUACACGAGGACGGGGGACGCAGGCUUCUCCAGCACCUUCACCGGGGAGCGGAGGCCCAAGGGCGACCGGAUCUUCCAGGCCCUGGGAGCCACGGACGAGCUGAGCUCGGCCAUCGGGCUUGCUGGUGAAUUUAGCAGUGAAAAUGGCCACACAUUUGUUGAACAACUUCACAAAGUGCAGUGCAUGCUGCAGGACGUGGGCUCCAACAUCGCCACGCCGCUCUCCUCGGCCAGGGAGGCUCACCUGAGACGAACAUCGUUCAGUGAGAAGCCAGUUCUGGAGCUGGAGCAGUGGAUUGACAGUUACUCAGAGCAGCUUCCUCCACUCCGAGCUUUUAUCCUGCCAUCAGGAGGUAAAAGCAGUGCUGCUCUCCACCUGUCCCGGGCUGUCUGCCGCAGAGCUGAGAGGUGCGUGGUUCCUUUGGUACAAGCAGGGGAAGCAGAUCCCAAUGUGGCCAAAUACUUAAACAGGCUGAGCGACUACCUCUUCGUGUUGGCACGUUACGCUGCAAUGAAGGAAGGGAAGGAAGAAAAAAUAUACAUAAAGCCUGAACCAUAACUGGGAGCUGGAGUGUUUGUUUCCUUCAUCAUGGGAAGCUAAAUCCAGCACUCUGUUCUGCCCCAUCAAGGAAGGAAAAGAGAACAAGCCUGGAUGGGAAAUCUGAGCUGCCAAGAACUUCCAAUUUAAUAGACUAGGACCUUGUUCCCACGUGCUGCAGGGAGCACAGCUGCCCUGCUCACAUGUCCCUGCUCUAGCACUGCAGAGGUGGCAUCAGAGCUGCUGUCUGCCCUGGGUUAGAGCUGAGGCAGGAGCCUUCAAAGGACUGCAGCUGAUGUCUAGGGGUGUCUGAAUUUCCCUGGGCAGCAGCAGGUGCUAUGAAAGGCCUUGACAGAACUCGGAGGGAUGAGAAAACCAAUCAGCUUCUCUUUGUAAGCCAUGAUGUACAGAGCAGCAGCUGUGCAGGGAGUGGGGAACUCUGUCCACAAGCUUGGAAAUAAUAAAUGUGAUUUACUUGUACCAAA